AUGGCUCGUUUUCACUUGACGAACUUGCCAAGAUCAUAUCAGCUAACACAACAAAUAUGGUAUCUCCAGCAAGGAUCAUCCGAUCUAUCUACAUAUUAUACUAAACUCAAGAUACUUUGGGAUGAUCUUGAUGGAGAAGAUUGUGUGAAAACGUGUCAAUCUUGUGCUUGCUGCAAAGCGACUGCAGCAAAGAUUGAACACACAAAGGUAAUCAAAUUUCUGGCUAGCUUGAAUGAAUCUUAUUCAAAUGCGCGUAGUCAGAUCAUCAUGAAGAAGACUGUACCGGAUCUAUCUGAAGUCUACAAUCUCCUUGAUCAAGAUUUCAACCAGAGGAGCAUCACAACAAUUCAGAAUGCGAGUGCUUUUCAAAUGACUAGUACUGAAACCUUUCAUGCAGCAGUGAAUGCAACUUAUAACACACGUGCUUUUCGUCCCAUUUGUUCCCAUUGUGGUUACAAUGGUCACACUAUUGACAAGUGUUAUAAGAUUCAUGGCUAUCCCCCUGGUUUUAAACACAAGAAGCCGCAAGAUGGGAAAGCUUCUAGCACUGGUGCUGUCAAGCCUGUUGUUGCUCAACUCACUGUUAAUGCUACUCAACAGAACGUGUCUGAGAUGAUGAAUCCUCUUUCAAAAGAUCAGAUACAAGGAAUGAUUGAUUAUUUCAAUACUCAUCUGAAUCAGACUCAGAAUCAGAAUCAGACAUCAGCUGCUUCUACAUCUACUGGCACGAUCACUGCGUUACCUGGGAUUGGCCAGACUCGUUUGAAUCAAUACCUUAUGCUUACUAAUGUCCUCUACAUACCUGACUUUCGAUUGAAUUUACUCAAUAUCAGUCAACUGACAAAGGAUUUGAAAUGCAGAGUAACGUUUGAUGAAUCUUCAUGUAUGAUUCAGGAUCCUGUCAAGGGGCUGGUGAUUGGUCAGGGUGAGCAGAUAGCUAAUCUCUAUGUUAUGGAUGGAGCUUCAAUAAAUAAUCCAGGAACUUCGCAGAAGAAUCAUUAUAUCAAUGUUAUAGUUGAUACAGCUUUAUGGCACAACUGA